AUAAUUGCUAGUAUUCGGAAAUAAAAUGGCCGCCUCCAUUGGCACGGUUAUUGGUAGAUGUUUUUCGAGACAGCUGAAAUUACGAAAAUCUGGUUUACUAAUUUAUAAGCAUUGUAAUGCAUCGAUAUUUCGACUGUCUUCGCAUUUUACUUAUGUACCUGAUACCGUUCCACCUUCAGAAGGUGAAACUGCUCGAAUGAAUCUUUACCAAGCUGUUACGAAUGCACUUGAUAUAGCACUUGAAAGUGAUCCAACAGCAGUGAUAUUUGGAGAAGAUGUAGCAUUUGGUGGUGUUUUUAGAUGUACUGUUGGUCUUCAAGAUAAAUAUGGAAAGGAUAGAGUUUUCAAUACUCCUCUCUGUGAGCAGGGUAUAGCUGGCUUUGGUAUAGGUGUAGCUGCUGCUGGAGCAACUGCUAUUGCAGAAAUUCAGUUUGCUGAUUAUAUAUUUCCUGCAUUUGAUCAAAUUGUCAAUGAAGCUGCAAAAUAUAGAUAUAGAUCUGGUAAUGAAUAUGACUGUGGAAAUUUAACAAUAAGAGCACCAAUUGGAGCUGUUGGACAUGGUGCUAUGUAUCAUUCACAGAGUCCAGAAAGUUUUUUUGCACAUUGUGCAGGACUAAAGGUUGUUGUUCCUCGAGGUCCAAUUCAAGCUAAAGGAUUAUUGCUAGCAUGCAUCAGAGAUAGAAAUCCCUGUAUAUUUUUUGAGCCAAAAAUUUUAUAUAGACUUGCAGUUGAACAAGUUCCUGUAAAAGAUUAUACUUUACCUUUGUCUAAAGCUGAAAUUUUAAUUGAAGGAACUGAUGUGACUUUAGUUGGUUGGGGAACUCAAAUUCAUGUUCUACGAGAAGUUGCUCAAAUUGCACAAGAUAAACUAAAUGUUUCAUGUGAAGUAAUUGAUCUUGUUACAAUUUUACCAUGGGACAAAGAAACAGUUGCUGAAGUGAGUAAUUUAGCUCUUAAAUAUUUAAUAAUUUUCAAAUAAUAUUUUAUUUGAAAUGUCAAUUUAAGCAAACAUUAUCAUGCUGUAAAAAGACUAGUUUUUAAGUUAUUUAAAUAUAAAAAUGUACAGUAGUUAACACAAAGACGUAGAACAAAGCUGAAGUUGAUAUAUUUUUUUUAUAAUAAAAACUGCAGUAGAAGGAAUAUUAUUAUAAUGAAUAACUCAAUCUUUUAAUAUCCAGAACAAACCAUUUGCCAAACUAAUGUUUUUGAGAUAGUUUAUAGUCUUCAUCAGGUUUAAACAUAAAUCCAACAAAGUAGCAUUGGUAUUCAAAAAUGUGUAAGUAUGGUGUGUUUGAUGUGUAAGUAUGGUGUGUUUGAAUUAAUUUAAAUAAGAGAAUGCAUAUAAUAUA